CGAUAUCCUCGUGGAGAGAAAGGAAAGCUCAAGCCUCACAGCUUCCUACUCUGCACUUGGAAUAUAGCAUACACGCACGCACGUACCCUACCCAGUCCCUCCGCCUUCUCCCAGUCCCAUCCCCCUUCCCCCCUCCCGCACCACCUCACACUCCUUCCUGCCCAGAACGCAGCCAAUAAGGGCUAUCGCGCCAAGUGCGCCCCACUAAUCCACUCAGCCUCCUCUUGAUUCUGCUACUGUUUCCUCACAUCGCGCCGUCAAGAUGGCCACAGCCUCGCAACCCACGACACAGCCCACGUCAUCGGCCAUGUCUCGUACUGGUACGGCCUCGAGGCUCCCGUCACCCUCUGCACCGGCCACGAGCGCGCCUCUCUCGGGCAAAGUCGACGGCGAGAUGGUUCUCGAGCUCGCUGACGGCACCUCGUACCGUGGUAUGAGCUUCGGAGCUGAGGGCAAGAGCAUCAGCGGAGAAUGCGUCUUCCAGACUGGUAUGGUCGGAUACGUCGAGUCUCUGACUGACCCUUCGUACGAAGGGCAGAUCCUGGUCCUCACCUUCCCGCUCAUCGGCAACUACGGUGUGCCCUCUCGCGAGGAGGCCACCAAGUCGCUCAAUGCCCUCCUUGCAUCGCCUUUUGAGUCUUCGCGCAUCCACGUCGCCGGUCUCGUUGUUGCAUCGUACAGCGAAGAGUACAGCCACUGGCUCGCUUCGAGCUCCCUUGGAGACUGGCUCAAGGAGAACGGCGUCCCAGCCAUCUAUGGCGUCGACACUCGAUCCCUCGUCAAGCGAAUCCGCAAUGAGGGAAGCAUGUUGGGCAAGCUCCUCGCCAAGCGCGCCGACGCGCCCGUGCGUGAUAGCGCCGAUGCUGAGGCCGACUGGAAGUCCUCCUUUGUCGACGUGCCCUUCGCCGACCCCAACACAGUCAACCUCGUCGCCCUCGUCUCGAGCAAGAAGCCCCAGCUCUACACUCCUGCCAACACUGCUGCGGGAGGCUUCUCUCGCAUCGGCGCUCCUCCCCUCCUUCACCCCUCGGGCCGACCCAUUCGCAUCUUGGCCCUCGACGUGGGCAUGAAGUACAACCAGAUCCGCUGCUUCACCAGCCGAGGGGUCGAGCUCAAGGUCGUCCCUUGGGACCACGACUUCCUCAACCCGGCCGUCGAGUCUGAACCCUUUGAUGGUCUCUUCAUCUCCAACGGUCCCGGUGACCCGACGUCGUGCGGCCCCACCAUUGCAAACCUGCGCAAGGCCCUCGCUCUCCAAGGCUCGCAGGCUCUGCCCAUCUUUGGUAUCUGUCUUGGUCACCAGCUCCUUUCCCUCGCAGCCGGCGCCAAGACCAAGAAGAUGCUCUUCGGUAACCGUGGGCACAACAUCCCAUGCGUCGACGUCAUCUCUGGUCGAUGCUCGCAGACGUCUCAGAACCAUGGUUUCGAGGUCGACGCCAGCAGCUUGCCCAACGGCUGGAAGGAGCUCUUCUACAACGCCAACGACUCGUCCAACGAGGGUGUCUAUUCCGAGCUUGGCCCCUGGUUUUCCGUCCAAUUCCAUCCCGAGUCCACACCGGGGCCUCGCGACACAGAAUACCUCUUCGAUGUUUUCAUUCGCUCCGUCGUCGACUGCUCUACCGUCAAGGCUCAGCUCACGGGCCCUGUCGCUACCCCUCUGCCCCCUGUCAAGUGGGUUGGUGGUCUCGCAGCCGACAACGCCGCCAAAUAUCCUCGCGUCAACGUGCGCAAGGUCCUCGUUCUUGGUUCUGGUGGUCUCUCCAUCGGUCAGGCUGGUGAAUUCGACUAUUCGGGCUCGCAGGCCAUCAAGGCUCUGAAGGAAGAGGGCAUCUACACCGUCCUUAUCAACCCCAAUAUCGCUACCAUUCAGACGUCGUCUGGUCUUGCAGACAAGGUCUACUUCCUGCCCGUCACGCCAGACUUUGUCAUGGAUGUCGUCCGCCACGAGCGACCAGAUGGCAUCUACGUGACCUUCGGUGGUCAGACGGCCCUCAACGUCGGUAUCAAGAUCAAGGACGAGCUCAUCAAGGAGGGCGUCAAGAUCCUCGGUACGCCCAUCGACACCAUCAUCACGACCGAGGACCGUGAGCUCUUUGCCAAUGCGAUGGCAGAGAUCGGUGAGAAGUGUGCACCGAGCGCCUCCGCCGUCACCUGGGAGGAGGCCCUGGCUGCCGCCCGCGAUAUCGGUUUCCCCGUCAUUGUCCGAGCUGCUUUUGCUCUGGGUGGUCUUGGCUCCGGCUUUGCCUACAAUGAGGACGACCUGCGCAAGCUGUGCAACCAGGCCUUUGCUAACAGUCCGCAGGUCCUCGUCGAGAGGUCUAUGCGAGGCUGGAAGGAGGUCGAGUACGAAGUCGUCCGUGACGGUCGCGACAACUGCAUCACCGUGUGCAACAUGGAGAACUUCGACCCUCUGGGUGUCCACACCGGUGACUCGAUCGUCGUCGCGCCUUCGCAAACGCUCGACGACCACGACUUCAACAUGCUGCGUACCACUGCCGUCAAUGUCAUUCGACACCUCGGUGUAGUGGGAGAGUGCAAUAUCCAGUACGCCCUCAACCCUCACACUCGUGAGUACUGCAUCAUCGAAGUCAACGCUCGUUUGUCGCGAUCGUCCGCCCUGGCUUCCAAGGCGACUGGCUACCCCUUGGCAUUCAUUGCUGCCAAGCUUGGUCUCGGCAUCCCUCUCAACGAGAUUCGCAACUCGGUCACGCUCAAGACGUCGGCCUGCUUCGAGCCUUCGCUCGACUACUGCGUCGUCAAGAUCCCCCGUUGGGAUCUGCGUAAAUUCGUCCGAGUCUCGAGCAAGUUGGGUUCGAGCAUGAAGAGUGUAGGCGAGGUCAUGUCAAUCGGUCGAACCUUUGAGGAGACGAUCCAGAAGGCCAUCCGUGCCAUUGACCCUCAAUUCGACGGCUUCGGCAAGAAUAGCUACGGCCCAAGCGACGAUGCAGAGAUCGACACCGAGCUCACGACCCCCACCGACAAGCGCCUCUUCGCUGUCGGCAACGCAUUGGCCAAGGGCAUGUCCGUCGACCGCAUCCACGAGCUCUCUUUCAUCGACCGAUGGUUCUUGCGCAAGCUCAACAACAUCGUCAUGGCAGAACAGGCUUUCUCGCAGUACAACGCAGCCACUCUCUCCGUUGGCCAUCUCCGUCAAGCAAAGCAGCUUGGUAUCAGCGACGCUCGUCUUGCCAAGGUUCUGGGCAGCACCGAGCUCGCCGUCCGCCGUCUGCGAGUAGAGAACAGCAUCAUGCCCUUCACCAAGCAGAUCGACACAGUCGCCGCCGAGUUCCCUGCCUUCACCAACUACCUCUACACGACGUACAAUGGCAGCGAGCACGACGUCAACUUCGCCGACCAGGGUGUGAUGGUCCUGGGAUCCGGUGUCUACCGCAUUGGUUCGUCGGUCGAGUUUGACUGGUGUGCCGUCAGGGCCAUUCGCACGCUCCGCGCAGCUGGCUUCAAGACCGUCAUGGUCAACUACAACCCGGAGACCGUCUCGACCGAUUACGACGAGGCUGACCGUCUCUACUUCGAGAACAUCUCUCUCGAGACUGUCCUGGACAUCUACGACGUCGAGAAGUCAGCAGGUGUCAUCAUCUCCAUGGGUGGUCAGACGCCCAACAACAUCGCACUGCCUUUGUAUCGUCAGGGUGUCAAGGUGUACGGCACCUCUCCCGAGAUGAUCGACAUGGCAGAGAACCGCUACAAGUUCUCGCGCAUGCUUGACAAGAUCGGUGUUGAUCAGCCCAUGUGGAAGGAGUUGACCAGCUUCGAUGAGGCAAAGGAAGCCUGCGCCCGCUUUGGCUACCCUGUCCUCGUUCGACCCUCGUACGUCCUGAGUGGAGCUGCGAUGAACGUCGUGUACUCGCCCGAGGACCUUCAAUCCUACUUGUCGCAAGCUACGGCCGUCAACCGCGACCACCCCGUUGUCAUCACCAAGUACCUCGAGGGCGCCAAGGAGAUUGAGAUGGACGCCGUCGCCAAGGACGGCAAGAUGGUCAUGCACUACAUCUCGGAGCACGUAGAGAACGCCGGUGUCCAUUCGGGUGACGCUACGCUCAUUCUCCCGCCUCAAGAUCUGGACCCUGAGACGGUCCGUCGCAUCGAGGUGGCUACGAGCAAGAUUGCAGCCAGCCUGCACGUCACUGGCCCCUUCAACAUCCAGUUCAUCGCCAAGAACAACGACAUCAAGGUCAUCGAGUGCAAUGUGCGCGCUGCUCGUUCUUUCCCCUUCGUCUCCAAGGUGACCAACGUCGACGCCAUUGAGAUGGCGACGCGCGUCAUGCUUGACCUGCCGAUCGUGCCCUACCCGAAGCUCAACUUGCCUCGCGACUAUGUCGGUGUCAAGGUUCCGCAGUUCUCCUUCAGCCGACUCGCUGGUGCCGACCCUAUCCUCGGCGUCGAGAUGGCCUCGACUGGUGAGGUGGCCUGCUUUGGUCGCGACAAGUAUGAGGCGUACCUCAAGGGAAUGCUGGCCAGUGGCAUCAAGCUGCCGACGAAGAACGUGCUGCUGUCCAUUGGUAGCUUCAGCGAGAAGCAGGAGCUUCUGCCUGCCGUUCGCACGCUCCACGCCCUGGGCUUCACGCUGUACGGUUCGUCUGGGUCCGCCGACUUCUACUCGGAGCAGGGCAUUCCCGUCAUCCACCUCGAGGCCCUGCCUGAGGACGACCUGCCCGGCGCUGAUGACAACAACAGCAAGGCCGCCUACUCGCUGCUCAGCCACUUGACACAGGGCUUGUCGUCGCUCUUCAUCUCGCUCCCGUCGAAGAACAAGUACCGUCGCCCGGCAUCCUUCACCUCGAUGGGAUACCGUGCUCGUCGUUUGGCGAUUGACCGCUCGAUUCCUUUGAUCACCAACGUCAAGAAUGCGAAGCUCUUCGUCGAGGCCCUCGCCCGACACCGUCGUAGGGAAGGGCAGUUCCCCAUCCUGCCCAUCGACUUCAAGACGAGCCACUCAACCUUCACCUUCCCCGGCUUGAUCAACAUCCAGGCCUACGCCGAGGACAUCGCCAACUCAACGAGCGGCGCCCGCGAGAUUGCUCAACUGACCAAGGCAUCACUCGCUGGUGGCUUCACCAGUGUGCAGCUCGUCGCCUCGUCGGCCCUCACUGACAGCCAAAGCCUCGCCAUCGCCGAGGGCAAGGUGACAGGAUCGGCACACUGCGACGUCUCUCUGUCUCUCUCGGCCACAGCCGACAAUGUUGACGCCGUUGCCGAACUCUCGGACCGUGCUCGCUCGCUCUUCAUCUCCUUCAACGGCCUGGGUCAGAACGUCAGCAAAGCCGCAGCCAUUGCAGCUCACUUUGCCAACUGGCCUGAAGACAAGUCGAUUGUGACCGACGCGCGCGGAACGGACUUGGCCUCUGUCCUGCUCCUCGCCUCGCUGCACAGCCGCAGCAUUCACGUCACCAACGUCUUCCACCGCGACGACAUUCAGCUGAUCGCUCUGAGCAAGGCCAAGGGCCUCAAGGUCACAUGCGAUGUCACGGUGUACGCGCUCUUCUUCUCGUCGGAGAUGUUCCCCGCUGCUACCUGCUUGCCAUCAAAGGACGACCAGAACGCACUCUGGGCCAACCUGUCCGAGAUCGAUAUGUUCUCCGUCGGCAGCACGCCCUAUCAGCUCGCAAAGGAGCUCGGCCACACCGCCUCUGCCCAAUCAGGUAUCUCGGAGACCCUCAGCCUGCUCCUCGGCGCUGUCGGCCAGGGACGCCUCUCGCUUGACGACAUUCUCGAGAAGCUCCACGACAAGCCUCGUGAGGUCUUUGGCAUCACUGAUCAGCCUGAGACGCAGGUCGAGGUUGAGGUUGACCGUACCGUGCCCUUCAUCAAGCGCGAGUACUGGAGCCCGCUCGAGUCGCAAGCAGCUACUGGCUCGGUGCACCGUGUCAAUCUGCGAGGCCGUACGGUCGUCAUCGACGGCGAGUCCUUCUCCAACGGUACCAUGGGCAGCAACGUCUCCGGCCUGGUUGGCGGCGCCAUCAAGCCUGCGGCCAGGUCGACGGGCCGUCGCCUGUCGUUCGCCUCGGACGUGGCUAGCGGUGUCGACGCCCCCUCGACCCCGGCUGGUGUCAUGUCGCCUCCAUCUGGCCACCUCGCCAAGCUCAAGUCGCCCAGCCUCGUCGCACAGGAGUCGUCCAGCUUGGGCGCCAUUACGCCUCUGCCCUCUUCUGCCCCCGUAGCAUCAGCAGGCGAUGUCUCUCUGCCCUCGAUCCGCUCUCUGAUCGGCCACCCAACCUUCUCGCGUCGACACAUCCUCAGCGUCAAGCAAUUCAACCGUGACGACCUGCACGCGCUCUUCUCCGUCGCUUCAGAAAUCCGACUGGCAAUCGAGCGCGAGGGCGUUCUAGACAUCCUCAAGGGCCGUGUCCUCUGCACCCUGUUCUACGAGGAGUCGACGCGCACCUCCGCCUCGUUCGAAGCGGCUGCUCAGCGCCUUGGUGCCAAGGUACUCCCGAUCAACACGAAGCACUCCAGCGUGCAGAAGGGCGAGUCGCUCAGCGACACGAUCCAGACCGUCGGCUCGUACGCCGACGCGGUUGCCCUUCGCCAUCCUGCAGUAGGCUCGGCGCAGGAGGCCGCUCGCUUCUCACCCGUCCCCGUCGUCAACUGCGGUGACGGCAUUGGUGAGCACCCCACGCAGGCCUUGCUGGACGCCUGGUCCAUCCGUGAGGAGAUUGGUACCAUCUCGGGCCUGACAGUCACCUUCCUUGGCGACCUCAAGAACGGGCGAACAUGCCACAGCUUGGCGCACAUCCUCUCCCUCUACCAGUGCAGGCUCAACCUCGUCUCGCCCCCCGGCCUCGAGUUCCCCGAGUCGCUUCGCCGCGAUCUGGCUAAGCGCGGGGUACAGCUCUUCGCCACGAGCAACAUCAACGACGUCAUUGCGGAGACGGACGUCCUCUACGUCAUGCGUACCCAGAAGGAGCGCUUCGAGCGCCCCGAGGAGUUUGAGCUUGUCAAGGACCACUUCCGCGUCGACAAUGCCCUCCUGGCAAAGGCCAAGAGGGACAUGAUCGUGCUCCACCCGCUGCCUAGGACUACCGAGCUCAGCCCGGAGGUGGACACGGAUACCAAGAGGGCCGCUUACUUCAGACAGAUGCGAUAUGGUCUCUUCGUGAGGGCGGCGCUGCUUGUCAUGAUGCUGGCUACGCCUCGUGAUCUGCCGGUACAGUUGUAGGAG